GUGAUAUAAUUGAUUUAAAAUUUAUAUUUUAAAUUGUUAAACGGUAAUUAGUUUUCAGGAUAUUAAUAAUUUGGGAUAGCAACAGUUUGUUUAUAAUUAAUUCUUUCGUGACGAAUGCAGAAUUUGCGUUUUGUGGUUAAAUUUAGAGGGGGCUUACAAUAAUAUAUAACUCAACCAGUUACCAUGUCGUAUCCUCCACUUCCUCCACUUCAGGGACCACAACCCACUUAUCCGGUGCCAUAUAACACCCCAUAUCCUCCUCCUCCUCCUGGACAAGGAUAUGGACCUCCAGGGUACGCACCAUAUGGACCACCUGUCCCUAAUCCAUAUGGACAACCAGGGCCGAUAGUUAACCAACCAGGCAUGGCACCCGCAGGUCCAGGAAAUGGUUGGAUGAAUUUACCGCAAGGAAUUCCCAAUUGCCCUCCCGGAUUGGAAUACCUUACUACGAUUGAUCAGCUACUUGUACAUCAAAAGGUCGAAAUGCUAGAAGCUUUUACGGGAUUCGAAACGAAAAAUAAAUUUACAGUAAAAAACAGUCUUGGCCAAAAAGUCUAUUAUGCCAAAGAAGACUCCGAUUGCCUCACUAGGAACUGUUGCGGUCCAAUUCGUCCAUUUGAGAUGAGAGUUUGUGACAAUUUCGGUAACGAGGUGAUCCACCUGCAUCGACCGCUUGCCUGCGAUAGUUGCUGUUUUCCUUGUUGUCUACAGAGUAUGGAAGUAUCGGCUCCCCCAGGUACAAUCUUGGGUACGGUUGAGCAAGAGUGGAGCAUUUUCUGUCCUACGUACGCUAUUAAAAACGCUAGCGGAGAAACCGUAUUACGAAUCGAAGGACCUUGCUGCACAACAAGCAUUUGUGGCGACGUUGAAUUUAAAAUAAUGUCUUGCGAUGGUUCUGUACAAGUGGGUAAAAUCUCUAAGCAGUGGUCCGGUUUAAUUAGGGAGAUGUUCACUGAUACCGAUUAUUUUGGUAUAACAUUUCCAAUGGAUUUGGAUGUACGUAUGAAGGCAGUCAUGCUGGGCGCUUGCUUUUUAAUUGAUGCAAUGUUCUUUGAAAAAACCAAAUCAUCCGAAAAUGCUUCGAGUAUGCUAUAAAUGUUUUCUUUUAAUGUGUUAUUUGUGGUGGUUUACUCAACACUAUUUUGUGUAAUGCUUUCAAUAUAUUUUUUAAAAUUUAUUAUGCCAAGUAUUAGGUCUAUUAAGAGAAUUUAAUAUUUAGAUAAAGUCUUAUCAUUUCACUAAAAGUGGAUGACAACUACGCUUAUGAUCCUCGAAAUAUUUUUUUUAUAUUGUAUUGUUGUUCUGAGCUUUUAUAUUGUGUGUUAUUUAUAUAAUAUAAUAUUGUAUGUUUGGA